CCAUCUGAGCGCCCGCCACGUUUAUCCUCUCUUGCGCAAAUGCGCCUCGUCAAGCGGCACAUCGACAAAGAUCUGAGCGGCUUCAUCGUGCUCCGGGCUGAGCGGGAUGAAGACAUCUGGCAUGCCUACAACCUCAUCCAGGAGGGUGACCGCGUGCGAGCUGGUGCAGUGCGACGCAUCCAGUCCGAGUCUUCAACGGGCUCUGUCGAGUCUCAUCGCAUCAAGCUCAACUUGACCAUCAAGGUACAGAAGAUUGCCUUCUCGGCCGCAGCCUCAUCUUCCUCGCUCUCGGCCACAGCAAACGCAGGCACAGUCGAGAACGGGCUCACCUCCACGACCAAUGACGCGCCCGCCACCGUUGCAUGCGGGCCCGGCUCAUCGGGAGGCGAGGGCACGACGCUCCACCUCUCUGGACCUGUCGAUGCAGAGUCUCAGCAUGUCAAGAUGGGCUCUUUCCAUACGCUCGAUCUCGAGCCCGGACGCGAUUUCACUAUCAUCAAAGAGCCUGGCGAAUGGGACAGUAUAGCUCUCGAGCGAGUGCAAGACGCAUGUCAGGAAGGAACAUCAGCCGAAGUCGGUGCUGUCAUUUGCAAUAAUGGUCAAGCGAAUGUCUGCUUGAUCACUCAACAUACGACCAUCGUCAGACAGCGGAUCGAAGUCGCUGUGCCUCGUAAGCGCAAAGGCGGCGGUACUGCCCUAGGACAGGAAAAGGCUACGCAACGGUAUCAUAUGCAAAUCUACCAAGCGAUACAACGGCAUUUCGAUCUCGAUCAGCUCAAAGCCAUCAUUAUAGCCUCGCCCGGCUUCACCAAAGAGGGUGUCCUUGACUUCAUCUUCGCGGAAGCAGCGCGCACGUCGAACAAGCCCCUGCUGGUGGCGCGGUCGAAGUUCUUGCUCGUGCACUCGUCUUCGCACCACGUGCAUGCGCUCACGCAGGUCUUAUCGAGUCCGGAAAUUGCGACGCAACUCAAGGAUACUAAAUUUGCGCGCGAAGGACUUGCAUUAGACAAAUUCUUCCGCAUGCUCAGCACGGACGAGCUGCGCGCUUGGUAUGGAGAGAGCCAUGUGCUCAAGGCAGCCGAAAGAGGCGCUAUUGGCACGCUGCUCAUAUCAGACAACCUCUUCAAAUCGAGCGACUUUAAGCGUCGGCGUCGAUUUGUGCAAUUGGUCGAGGAAGUCAAGCGGUACGGAGGCGAAGUGUUCAUCUUUAGCAGCAUGCACGAGAGCGGCGAGCAGCUCAAUCAGCUGACUGGAGUCGCUGCAAUCUUGACAUAUCCGCUCGACAUCGAAGUCGUCGAAGAGGAAGAAAGGCAGGAAGAGGAAGCGAGACAAGCAGCCGCCGCGGCCGAGGAACCUGUGUUGGAAGCUAACCCUAACCAUGCAUGAUGACUUGUCGAUGGGUGGAGUCCUCGCCACAGA